CGAAAAGAAAAUUUCUAUAAUAUCUUAGGGAAAUUAAUGUACGAUCUGAAGAUAGUCAAAUUGGUAUACCUGUAUGUAUAAAUCCAACGAGAGCGGCUAGUCGUACUAUGCGAUAUUGCGAUUGGUCGAACACUACGAGUUUCUUGAUCUCGAAACUCGUGCCGUUGCCCGCUCGUCGGCAUGCCUGCCGCAAAGGAGGCGAACCGUCACACAAAAGCAAGAUGGAGGAUCUCACAGUCGAAGUAUGCGGCGAAAACGGAGCAUAUUAUAAGGCCUUUGUCACUGAUGUCUUUGACGACGAGGUUCUGGUAACUUUCGAAAAUGACUGGCAACCUGAAUCGAAAUUCCCAUUUGCUCAAGUACGACUACCACCAAAAGAUGGUGUCAAAGCAGAAUUUCAAGAGAACCAAGAGAUUGAGGUAUUUUCUCGAUCUAAUGAGCAAGAAGCAUGGGGAUGGUGGAAAGCGAUCAUUAAGAUGAUCAAAGGUGGUUUUCUAGUAGUAGAAUAUUUGGGAUGGGAUUAUACUUAUACAGAAAUAAUAAGUAAUGAGCGGCUUAGAGUAAAAAAUGUCAAUCCCCCUAUUGACAAAAAUACGUUUCACAAGAUCGAAAUUGAAGUACCUGAAGAUCUGAGAGAAUAUGCUAAGAUGGACAAUGCACAUAAGGAAUUUCAAAAAGCAAUCGGGGCAGCAGUGUGCCGAUAUGUGCCUGAACGAGGAGUACUGCUGGCCAUCUCCCGUCAUGAAAAUAUACAUCGUCACAGUACCAUGCUCCAAGAAAUGCAUUUUCGUAAUUUAUCACAGAAGGUUUUGCUGUUAAAAAGAACAGAAGAAGCAGCUCGCCAACUUGAAUCUACUAAACUUCAGACGAUCGGGGGAUACACAGAUGAAUUUAAUGUUCGAGAAGACCUCAUGGGACUAGCAAUUGGUGCACAUGGAGCGAAUAUACAACAAGCAAGAAAAGUAGAUGGAAUAACAAAUAUAGAACUGGAAGAAAAUUCUUGCACAUUUAAAAUAUAUGGAGAGACACAUGAAGCUGUCAAAAAAGCUCGUUCAAUGUUGGAAUAUAGUGAAGAGUCCAUUCAAGUACCACGCGUUUUGGUAGGAAAAGUAAUUGGAAAAAAUGGUCGCAUUAUUCAAGAAAUUGUGGACAAGAGCGGUGUAAUAACAACUGGCUCGAGUGGGAAUACUCACACUGAUAGAGUACGAGUGAAAAUAGAAGGAGACAACGAACCGCAACCGACGAUCCCGCGAGAAGAAGGCCAAGUACCCUUUGUCUUUGUCGGUACUGUUGAAAGUAUUGCAAAUGCCAAACUUUUGUUGGAGUAUCAUUUGGCACAUUUAAAGGAAGUUGAACAGCUCAGGCAAGAAAAAUUAGAAAUUGAUCAACAAUUAAGAAGCAUGCAUGGAUCAACGACAGGACCAAUGCCUAGCUUUCCACCGACAAGGCGAGGAAUGGUCACCGGGCCCGAAGAGGGUGGUGGUGGUCGUGGUGGACGAGGCGGUCAGUCUAGAGGACGGGGAAGGGGUAGGGCCCCUGCCAGACAUAAUGCCGGAUUACGUCGUGACACUUUAGACGGUAAUGAAGAUCGUGUUCGAGACCUUCCACCAAGAGGUGGUCAUCAAGGUGGUGCAGGAAAUUCAGGGUAUAUGGGGGCUAGACAAGGUCGUCCACCGGUUCAACGUAGAGAUCGUAGAGACGAACGUCGUCGAACGACGGACGACGAAGACACUGUUCUUGAUAGUCAAGACGUUUCGAGCAUUGAUAGAGACUCGGUGUCGAGCGUGGAGGGAGGUGCUAAAGUGAUCAGACGAAGACGGGUACGACGAUCUCGACAGAGAAGUUAUACACCAACUAAUAGCGAGAAAGGCAGUAAUGCCGGACCGGGCGACCAAUCAACAAUAACUAAUAAAGAAGGAACGCCUGCAAAUGACGUAUCUGUGUCAAACAACAGUUCUCAAGGUUCAAAGGGUCAGCGAGAACCACGAAAUCGUCCUCCUCGAAUGCAGCAGAGCAACAAGCCUAAGGAAGCUCUGGUGAAUGGUACCAGUGGCUAAAAAACCAUUUAUGGUUCACCAUAACAGCUGCUACUUACGUAUAACACUACACCUGAUGAUGAGCUAUUAACACCCAGCACGUAACAUGACGUAUACCUACGCAAGGACUUCACGAUUAUGGAUCGCGACAUGAUUAGUCUACGCUCGUUGUUAAGACUGUUUGCUACCGAUAAGAAUAUGACAGUUGUUUAAGAAAUCGUCAUUCUCCUUAAACACAUUUAAGGACACAUAUUAAUAUCCAUGCAUGGUUUAGUUUAAUGAUAGUAAUUAUGCUAUCAUGUUUGAUAUACGGAUACAUUCAUUGGGAGGUAGUAGCAGCACAAUUUGGUCAAAAGGGUUCCCUGAUUGUGAAACUGUGCCUCAUUUUUAUACCGAGCUCCUAACUUACGUGACAGUGCUUUGGAUGUACUUUUUAAAGUACUCCCAUAGUCACUCGUUAAUGUUUAACGAUCCAAUAAUAGGCUGGAUAUUCGCGGCUCGUACGUCAAUUACCAAUUUGAUUGAAUUUCAUCUGGAUAUGCCGUUAAGCUUUUUACGAAUGCAUCACAAAUAAUUAACAUUAUUUUCUUAUCUUUUAUUAUAGUUUAUAUUCUAUUAUAUAUCAUAAUCGUCAUCUUAAGUCGUUAAUUGAAGCAUUUAAAUUGAUAAGAUAAAUGAUAAAUAAUUAUCUUCAGAUUAUUAAUUAUUUGGUUGCAUUCUUAAAUGAUAUCGAUUAAACAAGAAGAGAAAAAUUCUUUUUGCUGGAUAAUGUUUUACAGUUUAAGAGGACAAAUAAAAUGAAUAAUAAGAAAUGAGAUAUUGAUGAUUUUGUUGUGUCGUUUGAAUAUGUUAUAUUUUUAUACGUAAAAGACUAAUACUAAAACGAUCAGAAUGAAUUAAAUGAUUCAUGAGAACGUAAUAUUUAAACUAUUCGUUCAAAGUGUUCAUUUUAAAGUUACGCGUCUUCAUGGUAGUUAAUUGUAACGAGUUUGUAAUCUAUUUUAUAUUUACAGAAUUAAAUUCACGUGUGAAUAAUUUAAAUAUUACAUGUUAUUUUUCUUAAUGUCGAAAGUAUAAAAAAAAAAAAAAAAGAAAAAAAAAAUAGAGAGAAGUAUAUCGAUUCAACGAAAAUUAAUGAAUAAUAAAUAAAAGUGUAAAAUUGUUGAUCAUAUAGUAAUUAAGAAAUAUUUUCAUAUUAUAUACACAGUCUGCUGAGAAUAUUCUUUUGAACUGUAAAACUGCCAUGAAAAAAAAAAAAAAAAAAAAAGAAAAAAAGAAAGAAAAAAAUCUUUGUUGUCCUUUAUCUACUUGAGUAGAUAAAAAAAAUGUGACUUAUUGAUUUUAAUGAUUACCGAUCCUUUAAUGAAAAUUAACGAUGAAUUUGUAUAAUCACAUUGCUUAGCGUCAUAACUCCGAUGAAAUUUAAUGAGAUACUAGGAAAGUGAAUUCCAUUGUUAAAUUUACGAUGGUGGGCGGCAGCUGUAAGAAAUCCUGGUUCAAAGGUGUUCCCAAUGAUGUUCCUUCUAUUUACUUCACAAGAUUUGAGUUUUUUUUUUUUUUUUCUUGGUUUACGGUUAUUAGUAGAGUUGUUAACGACACUAGAUUUUUAUGUUUCAAUACUGAGUGUUGAUUAAUAAUACCACAAUGAAUGCUAAAAUGACUUCUUUGAUUAUGGGAAAACACAAACAGGUGUGCACAAGGAAUUAGACUUUAUUUCUGAGUACACUUCUUACGUGAUUUAGCUUUUUUUUACUACAGUAUAAGCAUACUAUAUCAAGUAUUAGAAUUUGAUACGAAGUUCAUUUCUGCAUUGUUUCGCAUGAUUUAAAAAGAAAGUAAACGUAUACUUAGUAAUACCAAUGUAUGAUGUGCCAGAGAAGGAAUGAUACAUGUUUUAUGAUAUCUAGCUGAAGUGCAGACUUAGCGCAUACCUUUAUUACUAUAAUACUACUUAGUCGAAAUGUGGAUGUCUGAAAAAAAAUAAACUAGCUUUACUAUACUAAGCUAUAAAAUAGAUAUGAUCAACUGUUUUAAAUUGAUUAUCAGUGAUAUUCAAGAUUCAGUUAUCAAUUUAAAACAGCUAUCUCUUCUUCCGGAUAUGACAACAACUAAUCGGACGUGUCUCAUGGAUUUUGCAAAAACGCAUGGCGGUUGAUGCAACACAUUGACACCUAACAAAACAGCUGCCAUAUAAUCUGAAUAUUUUUAUGGUAGCCAAAAACUGAGAUAUCCCCCAACUUGCUUGUUUCAGAUACAUUUGUAUUGAUUGCAAUUUGUGCAUAAUUUAAGAAUAAAACAUUUCUGUACAUAGACUGCUCAUUAGUACAUUGAACAAAAAAAAAAA